UCGUCCAUCCUGCACUUGUCAGCGUGCCAGCGGGUCAGUCUGUGUCCCCGCCGCAGUCAGACUGACCGGAAUAUCGCACAGACUUGAUGUGUUUCUGUUUGGGACGCGGACUCAUUGACGGAUAAACAGAGCUGAAGCGGGUGACCGUGUGAAAUGAAGUCCUCCGGUUGCUUUGAUCCGCAGCAGGCUUGCACGAGCACGUAAAUCCGGUAGUGCAGGAAUCAGUGCAGUCCGUCACACCGGUUCUUCCACUUUAACGUUACCGUUUCGCUGCCGCCAGUCACAAAACAGCUAAAUUAUGUGACUUAUUGUCGUUUAAUGUUCUUUUCUCUAGGGGUAAGUUGCGUUUAUCAUACUUUUUAAUUGGGUAUAAUGUCAUAUUGGAAGCUGUGAGGCUCGUCAGACACACCUGACCAGUUUAGAAGCGACGAACAGCCGAAUAGCAAGACAUAAAGUCGUCUUAUGUUUGUUUUAAAUGGUUAUUUGUCAGGUAGGUUACUAUUAUUGCGUUAUGACGUCAUAUUGUCAGGUAUAUUACUCGUUAGCGGUCAGUCAGACUCACCUGGCCAGUUAUUAAGUGACGAACUCCCCAAUAGCAUGACAAAGUCGUUUAAUGUGUGUGUUCAUGGGGUACUUUUUCAGGUAUGUUACUAUUAUUGCGUGAUUACGUCAUAUUGUCAGGUAUCUGACUCGUUAGCGGUCAGUCAGACUCACUUGACCAGUUACGAAGCGGCUAACUGCUGAAUAACAUGACAUACAGUCGUUUAUUGUCGGUGUUAAAGGGGUAGUUUUUCAGUUCGAUUACUUUAAUGUAAUAUUGUCAGGUAUAUGACCGUUUAGCAGUCAGUUUGACUCACCUUGACAGUUAUUAAGGGUCAAACUCCCCAAUAGCACUACGUAAAGUCGUUUAAUGUCGGUGCUUAUGGGGUACUUUUUCAGGUAGGAUAUUAUUAUUGCGUUAUUACGUCAUAUGGUCAGACAUAAGACUCGUUAGCGAUCAGUCAGGCUCACCUGACCAGUUAUUAAGCGACAAACUCUUCAAUAGACAUACAGUUGUUUAAUGUCUGUGUUAAUUGAGUACCUUUGCAGGUAGGUUACUAAUGUUGCAUUAUGACGUCAUAUUGUCAGGUAAAUGACUUGAUAGAAGUCAGUCAGACUCAUGUCCAUGUAAGAAGCGAUGACCUGUGCUGAAUCACAUGACAGAGUUUAUUAACAUGUGCACUUUUUUAGUCAGGCAUCUGUUGUUGUGGGAUGACGUCAUACUGUUAGGUAUAUGACUUCUGACCAACUGCACAGAGGUCAGUUCAGGACAAGCAAGGAGUUAUUAUGAGCGCUCUUACUAAGAAGACACGGUUUAUUAACAACCCGGGCAAUAAGCUGUCUUUUGGCAACCGAGACUGGAACGAUGCCUUCUUCAGUCUGUGUGAUGAGUCCAUUGGGAGAGGGAUGUACAUGGAGAGACACCCUCCACAUCGGGACGGGAUGACACUGGCGCUCAGAAACCCCACCCGGGAUGCUCUUUCUGGAGACCAUCUGGAUUUAAGCACAACUUCUGUUGCCAACUACCUUCAUAACAGCAAUACCAGCUACUGCACAAGCCCUGUGUCGGACUGCCAUGGGAAAGCGCUGGACAUCCGCAAACGCUCUUGCGCUCCUAGACACAGAUUUGAGGUGGUCACCGAACUGGGACCGGAGGAAGUCAGGUGGUUUUACAAAGAGGACAAAAAGACGUGGAAGCCUUUCAUGGGACACGACUCUCUCAAUAUAGAAAUCAUGUAUCGCAGAUUCACCCAGCUGAACCCAGGAGGAUCUGUAAAUCAGGAGAGAUUCGGAGAGGAUGGAGCACCGCUGGAGAGACGUGAAAGUGUGGACGCCGGUGUAGAAGCGGUGUGUGUCAGAGGAGGACUCUAUGAAGUGGAUGUGAGGAGUAAAGAGUGCUAUCCAGUGUACUGGAAUCAACAGGAGCGCAUCCCUGUGAUGAGAGGCCAGUGGUUCACCGAUGCCACAUGGGCUCCUGUAGAGGAGGACGAGAGCGAGCUGAUCGAGAAAGAGCACCUGACCUGUUUUAGAGGACAGCAGAUUCAGGACAACUUCGACACGGAUGCUUUGGCCAAGACUGUAGACAGAAAAGAUGUUCUUUCCCACUUCCCUCCAUUCUACCUCCCCUUUCUAUUCAAAUGGAGCGGAUAUCAGACGGGUGCUAAAAGUCACAAGCGAAAGCGAUGUCAAGCCAUUCACAGUGUGCAGCUGAGCCGCAGUCAUGUGGACUGGUACAGUGUGGAUGAAGUCUAUCUGUACAGCGACGCCACCACGUCCAAGAUCGCCCGCACCGUCACACAGAAACUGGGCUUCUCUAAAGCCUCCAGCAGUGGCACUCGACUGCACCGCGGUUAUGUAGAGGAGGCGUCGCUGGAUGAUAAACCUCCAAACACCACACACAUCGUCUUCGUCAUUCACGGCAUUGGACAGAAGAUGGAUAAAGAUCGCAUCAUUAAAAACACUGGCAUGCUGCGUGAAGCAGUGAGGAAGAUGGAGGAGAAGCACUAUUCUGAGCAGACAGAGGAACAUGUGGAGUUCCUGCCAGUCGAAUGGCGCUCCAAACUGGCUCUGGAUGGCGACACUGUGGAGUCCAUCACGCCAGAUAAAGUGAGAGGCCUGAGGGAUUUACUCAACAGCAGCGCCAUGGACAUCAUGUACUACACCAGCCCGCUCUACAGAGACGAGAUCACUAAAGGGUUAACGCAGGAGCUCAACCGCCUCUACUCUCUCUUCUGCUCACGAAACCCCCAAUUUGAGGGGGACGGCGGUAAAGUGUCCAUCAUCUCCCACUCUCUGGGCUGCGUGAUCACCUUCGACAUCAUGACCGGCUGGGAUCCUGUGCGCUUCUGCCUGCAGGAGCACCACGAUCAGCUGGAAGCCGAAGAUUCGCAGUGGAGCAGCUAUGAAGAGCGACACCUGCUGGAGGAAGUGCAGCUCACCAGACAAAGGUUACACGAACUGCGAGAUCAGCUUCACGGUCUGAAGGAGUCAAAACCUGCAUCCUUCCCUACGCUAAAGUUUAAGGUGGAGAACUUCUUCUGCAUGGGUUGUCCUCUGGCUGUGUUCCUGGCAUUGAGAGGGAUCCGGCCUGGAAACACUGGUCAUCAGGACCACAUCAUGCCCAAAUCCAUCUGCCGGCGCCUCUUCAACAUCUUCCACCCGACAGAUCCUGUGGCCUACCGACUGGAGCCUCUGGUGUUAAAGCACUAUAGCAAAAUCGCACCGGUUCAGAUACACUGGUGUAACACCAUCAACCCCACGCCAUAUGAUGAGAUCAGACCCACUUAUCUAAGCACAAGCAAAGACACAGCGUCUGACAUGGAGAACGGCUCCAGUCCCAGCACCUCACCUGUCCUGGCCAGGAGACACUACGGAGAGUCCAUCACCAACCUGGGCAAGGCCAGCAUAUUAGGUGCUGCGAGCCUUGGCAAGGGCAUCGGUGGGAUUUUGUUCUCUCAUUUCUCCCGCUCUCCCAGCCUGCCGUCAGCUGUGGAUUCUGGGAUGGGAGACAGCGAGGACAGCCAAAGCACUUUCACAUUCUCAGCCAUUCCUCCAUCCUCAUCCUCCUCUCUGUUUGAUGCAACAGUGGAGAUGGAGCACCGCAUUGACUUUGAGCUGCGCGAGGGUAUGGUGGAGAGCCGCUAUUGGUCAGCGGUGACCUCACACACAGCCUAUUGGACGUCCCAUGACGUGGCCCUGUUCCUCCUGACCUUCAUAUACAAACAGCAGAGCACAGAGCAAACAGAAACCAGCACAGCCAUGUAGCACAGGUGACGCAAUACACACUGAUCCAUCCCUUAAAUCAACACUUAGUGCCUCUGAGCUCCUUUCCUUAGGCCUUUCCUCAUGGACAGAGGCCGGACUAUGCAAAAUCCUCCAGCACUGAUCCUCAUCAUUAAGAAACGGCAAUAUUUUUGAUAUUUUUAUAUAGUCCAAAGAAGUCCGCCGAUCCAUAGAAAGCUCUUUAUUUAGUUAACUAUAUAGAAUAGUGUGGCUGCAUCCGAAAUCACCUACUGCUCGAGUACGUACUACAUUUGAUUUUACUACACGACCAUUAAAUAGUAUAAAUGUGAGGAGUAUUGAUGGAAUUUGGACGUACUACAUCAGCCAUUUUGUCAUGAUCACAUGACCUACACAACUCACUCGAUUCACCCACAUUCAUGAACUCUCUCCAAGUGCAUCGUUGGAUAGCGUAGUGUACAUCAUGUGCGCACUACAGAAUCUCGGGAGUAGUAGGUCAUCCGGGUACUUCCCUCAUACUGUUUUUCCAAUGGUAUGAAUACUGUUUUUUUAUGCACUAUAUAGUAGGUAAGUGUGCGAUUUGGGACGCACCCUGUGUUGACUUGAGUUUGUUUAAUGCAUUCAUAUGUUUAUUUACAUGCGUAACCACUGUAAAUCUGUGUUUUCAUACUGAA